UCGGUUUACACCAAAAGGAGACCGAUUUCUGUGCUCGUUUGCCGUUGAAUGAACGCAUCACGCAUAUAAUGUGUUGUGUGUGUCUCUCUCUCUGUCAAUUGUUUACGUUUAUUAAUUCAAAGGCAUGCGCAAAAUAAAAUAUUCGGCUCUUCGAACAAUUGAUUGAGUUACGCGCUCGUUCGCUGAACGUGCUUCUUAUCCCAAAGAAUUGGAUGGGUAACCGUGCUUCUUUGAGCUUCAAUUGAAACGCCUCACAGCCACACGACUCAGUUUUUGAUUUGAAUCUGGAGGAAACGGUUGCACUUAGAAUUUGGCAGCCGACGGUUACACUUCGUUCUUUUGGUGCAUAGGUUUCGUUUGCAUUAUGUGUUGAAAGUGAAAUAUUCGGCGGAAUUUCGUUCUCUUAAGAUAAUUUGUGGUUUGAAAGUGUAAAAAAAAAACACUCGGUUUGUUCUGAAAAUGUCGUCAGAAGAUUUGGAAGGAACAAAUAGCCCGUCGUUAUCACAUGGUAACAAGUCGAACGGUGCCAAUUUUUCCGAUUGUGACCAAACGGACGAAAAUUUGAUAAGCAGCCCAACGGUUAGUGAUUCAAUUAAAUGUGGUCGAAAAACGUUCGGCUGGUGCGGUUAUCAACCGAAGUGUUUACAGAAUUUUCUGUCGGCUAAAUGGGCACUGUUUUGGAUGUGUUGGGCUGGCGCAUUACAAGGUUUGCUUGUAAACGGAUGUAUUAAUGUUGUGAUCACCACGAUUGAGAAGCGAUUCGGAUUGCGUUCAUCACAAACUGGAUUGGUGGCGAGUGGAUAUGACAUUGCAUCGUUUGUAUGCCUGGUGCCAGUUACUUAUUUCGGAGGCAGGCCAAAUGCAUCGAAACCGCGGUGGAUUGGGAUCGGCAUGAUUAUUAUGGGAUUGGGUUCAAUGGUAUUUUCAUUACCGCAUUUUUUGGUCGGCUCAUAUCGUGCAACAAGUGUCGAAGCAAACGUUUGCCUCACCGAAUCCAAUGCAAAUACGACAUGCACGGAAAAAAUGGCCGGUUCAAGUGGUGAUGAUCUCUCAUGGAAUGUUUGGUUCUUCUUUUUGGCACAACUAUUACACGGAAUGGGUGCUGCACCUUUGUUCACGCUCGGUGUCACCUUCAUCGAUGAGAAUGUUUCGAAAAAGAUGUCCUCUGUUUAUUUGGGUAUUUACUACACCAUGACAAUCAUUGGACCAGCCGUGGGCUAUGUCGUUGGAGGUCAACUACUGCUCCUCUACACGGAUUUCUUAACGGUGGAUCCAUUGACAUUUGGACUGACGCCGCAGAGCAAAGUGUUUGUUGGCGCUUGGUGGAUUGGAUUCGUGUUUAUUGCGUUAAUUUGUUUACUUUUGAGCAUACCGAUUCUCGCUUAUCCAUCUUCGUUGCCAGGUUCAGAGAAGCUGCAACAAGUUAAAGUCUCGGAAGCGCACAGCAGUAGUAACCGAAAACAAUACUCAAAACUACGUGAAAUGCACAAAGCAAUAUUUGCUUUGCUUCAGAAUCCGACGCUUUUAUUCUUGAACUUGGCCGGAGCGUCGGAGGGUUUGAUUAUUGCUGGGUUUGCAGCUUUUUUGCCCAAGCAAAUUGAAAAUCAAUUCAGUGUAACAGCGAUCUCUGCCGCAUUGAUUAUGGGAUUAAUUACAGUGCCAGCUGGAGGUGGUGGCACUUUCUUUGGCGGAUAUUUGGUGAAGAAAUUCAAUCUGGCCUGCUCAGGAAUCAUCAAAAUGUGCUUGGUUUCAACGGCAAUCGCGACCUGUUUCACAGUUUGUUUCUUCAUUUCGUGUCCGAAUAUGCAUUUUGCUGGCAUCACUGGCCCAUAUCGAACACAGGCGCAAACAUUUGAAACGAAUACAAUCAGACCAACGCCGAAUUUUGCGGAGAAAUAUCGUCUGGAAAGUGAAUGCAACAGCAUGUGCAAAUGCAGUCGAUCGCAUUAUGAGCCGAUUUGUGGUAUUGACAACAUCUUAUACUUCAGUCCAUGUCACGCUGGUUGUUUCAAAGAAUUGAAUAUGGACAAUUCCAAAGUUUAUCUCGAUUGCGAAUGUAUUUCAGCGCCGAACAAUAAAACUCAAGAUCGAGGCUACGAUGCAAUUAACACCAUGUGCACAACCGAAUGCAACAAUCUAUGGUAUUUUGUUAGUCUGUGCUUUUUUGUCAUGUUCUUCACCUUUCUUAGCACAAUGCCAGCUCUUUCCGCCACACUCAGAUGCGUGCACAGUGAGCAACGGUCAUUUGCACUGGGCAUCCAAUGGAUCGUUGUACGAAUUCUGGGUACCAUACCGGCUCCCAUGAUAUUCGGCUCACUAAUUGACGAUUCGUGCAUUUUGUGGCAAGAAUCAUGUAACGAGGCCGGAGCUUGUCUUGUUUACGAUAACAUGAGCUUAAGCAGAUACAUGCUUUAUCUUGCAUUGACGGCCAAACUUUGUUCCACGAUCUUCUUCUUCGGGGCAUGGUUCAGUUACGUUCCACCGAAGCAUAUUCAAGCCAAUGACCAAGAAUCGAAUGAAAAUACUCAAGACGAACGCGAACCGGAGGUUAUCAUGUACAAUAACAAUCGAACAGAUCACACCGAUGAUCAUUUUUAAAAAAACAAUCAUUGCAACUACUCUGACUCAUUCUCUUUUUCGUCGUAAGCCGUAAAUUAAUAGGGAAUUUUUGAUACAAUCGUUCAAUGACCCAGAUUGACUCAAAUUUCAUAUUUAUAAUGCCAAGUAGAUUUUUGAUAAGAAACAUCCGAUAAAUUAAUGUGUCAUUUCAUUCAUUGUGUAAAUUACAUCGUAAGUUUAAGCUCAAAAAGCUCGUAGCGAAGCGCAAAGCAUUGAAAUAAAUCAAUUUUCAUUCAUCAAUUUUAUUCGAA